ACAUGUCUCAGAGUUCCUCACUCAUGUUAUCUGUCUGCCACAGCUGUUAAAAAGCCAAGGACACAAGCGAAGUCGGCACCACGUAAGAGGUCUGUAUCAACCUCGGCAAAAAAGAAAACCCCAGCCAAGCAAGUUUCUAGCGACAGCAUCAGCAGUCUUAGCAGUGACUCUAGCGAUGAAGAAGAUAAAAUCAGUAGUUGGAAGAAAAAAGAUGAAGAAAGAAGACGACAGCGAGAAGAAGCUAAAAAGCAAGAAGAAGAGGAAGCGUUAAAACAGCAGCGGGAACGGGAAAAGCAAGAGGAAGAAGAAGAGAAGUUGGAGAAAGAAAAAAGGAAAAAGAUGAAAGAUGAAAAAAGACACAAAAAAGACGAUAAGAAAAGUGAAAAGUCUAAAGAUGAAGAUAAGUCAGAUAAAGCCCGACGGAAAGAAGAAGAAAAACUGGAAAAGGCAAGAAGAAAAGAAGAGGAGAAAACGAGGAAGAAAGAAGAGAAGCUGGAGAAGAAGAGGCAAGAAGCAAGGGAAAAGAAGCGAAAAGAACUUGAGCAAAAGAAACAAGAAAAGGAAAGAGAACGGCGAGAAAGGUUAGAGAAAGAGAAAAAGCUGAGACUUGCAAAAGAAAAAGAAGAAAAGAAAGUGGCAGAGAAUGACGAUGACAAGAAGAAAAGUGCAGAGAAAAUUAAGAAAAUCACUGAACUGGCAGAAAAACACAAAAAGCAGAAAGAAGAACAAAAAGAAAAACAAGAGAUUUUGAAAAAAAGGCCUGAGAAAUUAGAUGAAAAGGAACUCAAGAAGCUUGAGAAGAGAAGAAAUACCGAGUUAGAAGCAAUGCUAGAAGAACACCAUAUGACAGUAAAACAGUCACUAGCAAUGGAAAAUCAGGAUUUUGAUCGUUGCAUCAAAGCCUUGGCUGACAUUGAUUGUAUGGAAUUAAGUGGUGCUAUGUUUAAAAAGAACACAGAUUUUCUACAAACACUGAAAAAGAUAAAAAAAUACAAAGGAAACAAAAGAGUGCGAGAGAAAGCUGAUUACUUAUACAAUAAAAUAAAACACAUAUUUCUGAAGGAAGGUGAUGCUAAUGCCAAUGCAGUCAGUCGGGUAGUCUAUGAAAAACUUAAAAUAAAACAACAGAUGAAACAAGCAAAGCAAGCAGUUUCAGGUGAAAUACAAAAACCGAAAUCGGUGGAGAAUGGUGAAGAGAAGACAAGUGUUGAUGCUAAUAACAAAAUUGCAGACACGCAACAAAAUACAGGAAAUAUUGUUGAAAUGGAGACAACAGAAAAACCUACAGAAAACACAGAACAGACAGAUACACAUAAAAACAUUGAACCAGACCCGACAAUACCAAAAUCAACAGAAUCAAUUGUUGACUCAGAAAAAACAAUUGAGCCUUCUUUAGAAGUACCCCCUCAAACAGCAGAAGAAGAUGAAACAGCGCCCUCACAUGAAACAGAGUCGGCCACUGAAAUAGUGACCCCUGUCAGUGAUGCAGUAAUCGACAGCAAAGACAGUGAACUAAAUACUGAAAAACAACAUGAACUUGAGAAAACUGACAACACCACUGAAAAAAUGUCAAGUCCAAAAGAACGGGAAGACGGGGAAUAUUUUUCAUCUGAGGAUAUGCCAGAAAAAGAGGAGGAAUAUUAUCCCCCCAUGGAGGAGGAGGAGGAUUACUAUCCUUGUAAUGAGGAGAAUGCUGAGGAGAAUGUUGAGGAAAGAGUUAAUGAACAAGGAGUUGAUGAACAGGGUGUUGAAGGAGGAGAAUUACCAAUGGAAUUAUCAGAACAAGAAGACAAUGAGAACCCAAUAUCAAGUAUACAGUUCUCUACACAAUCAAGUUCAGCACCAAUGCCAAUGUCAUUACCACCACCCCCUGUACCACCACAAAGUUUACAACGAUUCAUGCCACCCCCACCAAUGCCACCACCAAGUCUACAAAGGUUAAUGCCACCUCCACCCAUACAUCCAUUUAAUGUGGAUAGGUCAUUUAGUAAUGAUGAUAUGGAUUUAGAUUCUGGGGAUGAAGAAACAGCAAAUAUACAGAUGGUGUGAAUAACAAUACUCUGAAUUUGAACACCAGUAUUUUUUUAUUGCAUUAGUUGGACAUUUUAAAUAAAGACUGACGAUAUUGAAUUGAGUCGCUCGCCAUAAUGAAUUGUGCUGAGAUGUCAGAUGUUUUGAACUGUGAGAUGUUGGACAUUUUGAACCGAGAUGUCCGCCAUUUUGAACCGAGAUGUCAUCCAUUUUGAACCGAGAUGUCAUCCAUUUUGAACCGAGAUGUCAUCCAUUUUGAACCGAGAUGUCAUCCAUUUUGAACCGAGAUGUCAUCCAUUUUGAACUGAGAUGUCGGCCAUUUUGAACCGAGAUGUC